AUGGGCCUGGGGGGGCGCAGCUUCGCGGAGUUCGCCCACCUGUGGUACGGCCUGAUGCUGGACACCGCGGACGAGCCCGUGGUGCUGGCGCGGGCGUUCUACUUCUUCGACAAGGACGGCAACGGCGAGGUGACCACGGAGGAGCUGAAGGCGACGAUGGAGGAGCUAGGGGGCAUGCUGGGGCCGGGGGAGAUCGACCAGUUCAUGGCGCUGACGAGGAGCGAGCGCGAGGGCGUGCUGAUCUACAGGGACUUCGUCAGGGCGCUGCUGUCGCAGAGGCCCAAGUACCUCCCGCCGGGCCAGCGAUGCUCGCCGGGGGGAGGGGACGGCAGCGGGGAGAUUCGCUCCGCGCCCAGCGGCGGCUACUGCGAGCUGCAGGCGCCCCUGGAUGGCCUCGACCAUCGGAUGUCCGGAGCGUGGGCGCGCCGAGACGGGGGCGGAGAUCCGCGAUUGGCUGCCGGCGACCUGCGCCAGUCGGGCCUGAAUACGGGCGCCUCGUCGGCCGCCUUGUCACACGACAGGGGCAGCUUGGCGAUGGUCUGGCCAGAGCCUCCGGAAGCGAAGGGCCAAGCGGGGGCCGCGGAGGAGCCGCCCGUUGCCGUUGCCCAGGCCCAAAGGUCGGCCGCACGCGAAGCAAUCUCGUCGGACGCCGCCCAAACGAGUGGCGGCGAGACGGUGAAGGUAGAGGCGGCGCCUGGAGAGAGCUUGGACCCUGCCCGGGGCAGCAAGGCGAUGAUCUGGCCCGAGCUGCCAGGAGCGAAUGGCCAAGCGGAGGCCGCGGAGGCGUCUGCUGCUGCAGCAACCCAGGGGCGCAGGUCGGCCACCCAUGCAGCAAUUUCGUCCGAUGCCGCCCAGACGAGUGGCGUGGAGGCGGUGAAGGCAGAAGCGGCGCCCGAGACGGGCUUGGGCCCGGGCGGGGGCAGCUUGGGGAUGAUCUGGGCGGAGCUGCCGGGCGCGAGCAUCCAGGAGGCGGCUGCGGAGGCGGCCCCGGUCGCCUCCACCCGGGGCCUCGCGUCGGAGGCGUUCCGAGACUUGAGGCCUUUGGGGCCAGUGUCCGUCAUGACGAUGAGGCGGCGGUCGGCCCCCAGCGAGGGCAGGUCGCAGGAGGGCGCGCGGAGGCCAAGGGGGGUGUCCCCGCCUUCGGACGCCUGA